GAGAACCAGAGAAGGGAGGGAAAGCGGGCGCACAGCGGAGGGCCGCCGAGGCGACAGGCGGCGGCCGUCCCAAUCAUUCCCCGUCGUCCCCCGCUAGCGAUCCUUCCCCGCCGCGUUUCGCCGCAGACGUUCUCCUGGCGAAGAACGCGAAGAGCACGAGCUACUACAGCCAAAGCGCGAGCAAAACAAGAUAAGUACUACCGGCGCUGGGGCGGCAUUCUUUCUCCUCUUCCCACAAAGUGACAAAGCCGGGCAAUGUCGGCGGCGCAGGCCCUGGCUCUCAAGCUCCGCGCGGCUCCAGCGCCGGGCAGGCCCCGAGGCUGCCGGACGACGGUGAGGGCAGCUGCAGCGGCGCAUGUCGGGGCGCUGCAGCACCGCCGCUGCGUGUCGCUGGCGCAGGGCGGGCGGUCCCUCCGCGGCGCGGCGCUGCUCGCCGCCCAGCAGCGCCCGCGGCCAUUGCCGUGGGCUGAGCGCGCCUCGGCGCGGCGGCACGACGGCGUCGGGGUGGUGGCGUCGGCGUCGUCGGCCGCGGCGGGGGUCAGGUCGAUGUCCAGGAUACCGAAGGGCAACACGGGGCUCUACGACCCGUCCAUGGACCGUGACUCCUGCGGCGUCGGCUUCAUCGCCGAGCUCUCCGCCCAGCCCAGCCGCAAAACCAUCGUCGACGCCAUCGAGAUGCUCGAGAGAAUGUCCCACCGUGGCGCCUGUGGCUGCGAGAAGAACACCGGCGAUGGUGCGGGCAUCCUUGUUGCACUGCCGGAUGCCUUUUUCAGAGAGGUCACCAAGGACGCCGGCUUUGAGCUUCCACCACUAGGUGAGUAUGCCGUAGGGAUGUUCUUUAUGCCCCUCGAUGAUGAGCGACGUGAGAAGAGCAAGCUUGUGUUCCAUGAGAUAGCCAAGUCAUUGGGACAUGUAGUGCUUGGCUGGCGUCGGGUUCCAACGGACAACUCGGACUUGGGCAAGGCAGCGCUUGAAACUGAACCAAUGAUCGAACAAGUGUUUGUAUCUAAGAGCAUACACUCCAAGGCUGACAUUGAGCAACAGAUGUACAUCCUACGUGGGCUCUCAAUCAAGUCCAUCCACGAAGCUUUAGGUCUUGAGCACGGAGGACCAAAUGAUUUCUAUAUGUGCUCUCUGUCUUCAAGGACUGUUGUUUACAAGGGUCAGCUGAAGCCAUCUCAACUUAAAGGGUACUUCUUUGCGGACUUAGGUGAUCAAAGGUUCACAAGUUACAUGGCUCUGGUUCACUCAAGAUUCUCCACGAACACCUUCCCCAGUUGGGAUCGUGCACAGCCAAUGCGGGUUUUGGGACAUAAUGGUGAAAUAAAUACCCUUAGGGGGAACAAGAACUGGAUGACAGCACGCGAAGGUCUUCUCGAGUGCAAGGGACUCGGUCUAUCAAGGGAUGAAAUGUCAAAACUUCUGCCUAUAGUGGAUCCUACCUCUUCAGAUUCAGGUGCAUUUGAUAACGUUCUUGAGCUCCUCAUUCGGUCUGGAAGGAGCUUGCCAGAGGCUGUGAUGAUGAUGAUCCCUGAGGCGUGGCACAAUGAUGUUAACAUGGACCCCGAGAGAAAAGCUUUGUAUGAGUACUUUUCGGCCCUUAUGGAGCCUUGGGAUGGGCCCGCUCUAGUAUCAUUUACUGAUGGCCAUUAUCUUGGGGCUACUCUGGAUCGUAAUGGCUUGAGGCCUGGCCGUUUUUAUGUGACAUACAGUGGCCGCGUGAUCAUGGCUAGCGAAGUUGGUGUGGUUGAUGUCCCUAAUGAUGAUGUGAUGAGAAAGGGCAGGGUAAAACCUGGUAUGAUUCUUUUAGUUGAUUUUGAGAAGCACUGUAUAGUUGAUGAUGAUGAAUUGAAGAAACAAUACUCCAGAGCUCGCCCAUAUGGGGAGUGGCUUGAGAGACAAAAGAUACAACUUGCAGAUAUUAUAGAAUCUGUACCUGAAACCGAGAGAGGUGCUCCUAGGAUUGACAUGCUUCCACAAAAGAAUGAGAACAAGGAAGCCUUUUGUAUUCAUGGAAUUUUGGCUCCACUGAAAGCCUUUGGGUACACGGUAGAAACACUCGAAAUGCUGCUGCUACCAAUGGCCAAAAAUGGUGUAGAAGCUCUAGGAUCCAUGGGAAAUGAUACCCCCCUCGCUGUUAUGUCAAACAGAGAGAAGAUGCCUUUUGAUUAUUUCAAGCAGAUGUUUGCUCAGGUUACAAACCCACCAAUCGACCCAAUUAGAGAAAAAAUUGUCACAUCCAUGGAGUGCAUGAUUGGUCCAGAAGGUGACUUAUCUGAAACAACAGAACAUCAGUGCCAUCGCCUGAAACUUCAAGGUCCUUUACUGCAUAUAGAUGAAAUGGAGGCUAUUAAAAAGAUGAACUUUCGUGGUUGGCGCAGCAAGGUGCUUGACAUAACUUAUCCUAAAGUGUAUGGAAGGCAAGGUUUAGAACAAACUUUGGAUAAACUCUGUGCUCAAGCUCGUGAAGCUAUUCAUCAGGGAUACACUAUUCUAAUUCUCUCUGAUAGAGGUUUCUCUCCGGAUCGUGUACCUGUCAGUUCUCUAUUGGCAGUUGGAGCUGUUCAUCAGCAUCUUGUCUUGAAUCUUGAUAGGACACGCAUAGGGUUGCUUGUUGAUUCAGCUGAACCUCGUGAAGUGCACCAUUUCUGUACCCUUCUUGGAUUUGGUGCAGAUGCUAUAUGCCCUUAUUUGGCUAUUGAAGCCAUAUGGCGGUUACAGAUUGAUGAGAAAAUACCUCCUAAAGAUGAUGGACAACUGUACCCAAAGGAACUUAUUGACAAGUAUUUCUAUGCUUCUAACAAUGGAAUAAUGAAGGUUCUUGCAAAGAUGGGGAUAUCCACCCUGGCAUCAUACAAAGGUGCUCAGAUAUUUGAGGCCCUUGGUCUUGCUUCAGAAGUAGUCAGUAAGUGUUUUGAAGGUACUCCUAGUAGAGUUGAGGGUUCAACAUUUGAAAUGCUUGCACAAGAUGCACUUCAUCUCCUUAAGUUGGCAUUCCCGUCAAGAACUUUACCUCCUGGAAGUGCAGAAGCAAACUCUCUUCCCAACCCGGGAGAUCAUCACUGGAGGAAAAAUGGAGAAUUACACCUUAAUGAUCCUUUUUCAAUUGCAAAAUUACAAGAAGCAGCUAGACUCGACAGCAGGGAAGCAUACAAAGAAUAUUCUAGACACACUGAGGAGCUGAGUAAGUCCUGCACUCUGCGUGGUAUGCUGAAGUUUAGAGAGAUUCCAGUCAGGAUUUCCUUGGAUGAGGUUGAACCUGCAAGUGAGAUAGUCAAGCGAUUUUGUACUGGAGCAAUGAGUUAUGGAUCCAUUUCCUUGGAAGCUCAUACAACGAUGGCUAGGGCUCAGAAUAUAAAGAGAGCAAAAUCUAAUACAGGCGAGGGAGGGGAACAACCGUCUCGCAUGGAGCCUCUUCCUGAUGGUUCUAUGAAUCCAUUAUCAAGUGCAAUCAAGCAGGUUGCAAGUGGAAGAUUCGGAGUUUCUAUCUAUUAUCUGACAAAUGCUAUUGAGCUGCAGAUAAAAAUGGCUCAGGGUGCUAAACCUGGCGAAGGGGGUGAGCUCCCAGGUCAUAAGGUCAUCGGCGACAUUGCAGUUACAAGACAUUCUACAGCUGGCGUAGGACUCAUCAGCCCACCUCCUCACCACGAUAUAUAUUCCAUUGAGGAUCUCGCACAACUUAUCUAUGACCUUAAGAGUUCAAAUCCAGGGGCCAGAAUCAGUGUCAAACUAGUCUCUGAGGCUGGUGUAGGAGUUGUUGCAAGUGGUGUUGUUAAAGGACAUGCUGACCAUAUUCUCAUCUCUGGGCAUGAUGGAGGCACAGGGGCUUCUAGAUGGACAGGAAUUAAAAAUGCUGGACUUCCUUGGGAGCUUGGAUUGGCUGAGACACAUCAGACUCUAGUGGCAAAUGGGCUCCGUGCCCGAGUUGUCCUUCAGACAGAUGGCCAAUUGAAAAUUGGUAGAGAUGUUGUCAUUGCUUGUUUACUUGGGGCGGAGGAAUUUGGAUUUAGCACAGCUCCACUAAUCGCACUUGGUUGCAUUAUGAUGAGGAAAUGUCAUACUAAUACUUGUCCUGUUGGUAUUGCUACACAAGAUCCAGUGCUCAGAGAAAAAUUUUCUGGAAAGCCAGAGCAUUUGAUAAACUUCUUCUUCAUGCUCGCCGAGGAGGUACGAGAAAUCAUGUCUCAGCUUGGUUUCCGCACCAUCAAUGAAAUGGUUGGGCGAUCAGAUAUGCUUGAGGUUGAUCCAGAUGUACUGAAAGGCAACGAGAAACUCCAGAACAUUGAUCUAUCACUGAUCUUGAAACCAGCUGCUGAGAUUAGCCCCGAGGCUGUUCAAUAUUGUGUUGAGAAACAAGACCAUGGCCUCGAUAAGGCAUUAGACAACAAACUCAUAGCCUCCUCAAGAGCUGCUCUUGAAAAAAGAUUUCGUGUUUUCAUUGAGACACUAAUCAAGAACACUGAUAGAGCUGUUGGCACUAUGCUCAGCCAUGAAGUGACAAAGCUAUUUCGUAUGCCUGGACUGCCUCCAGACACCAUCCAUGUUAAACUCAAUGGAAGUGCUGGUCAAAGUUUUGGUGCUUUUCUCUGUCCUGGAGUCACUCUUGAGCUUGAAGGAGACAGCAAUGAUUAUGUUGGUAAAGGAUUAUCUGGUGGCAAGAUUGUUGUGUACCCACCUAGAAACAGCCGAUUUAUCCCGCAGGACAAUAUUGUUAUUGGCAAUGUGGCUCUAUAUGGUUCUACCAAGGGAGAGGCAUAUUUUAAUGGCAUGGCAGCAGAAAGGUUUUGUGUCCGCAAUUCAGGUGCACAAGCAGUUGUUGAAGGAAUCGGCGAUCAUGGAUGUGAGUACAUGACAGGAGGCACUGUCGUUAUUCUGGGAAAAACUGGUAGAAACUUUGCCGCUGGCAUGAGUGGGGGCAUUGCUUAUGUUUAUGAUGUGGAUGGGAUGUUCAGUACCCGUUGCAAUCAUGAGUUAGUCGACCUGUAUAAUGUUGAUGAAGAGGAUGACAUUACCACAUUGAGGGUGAUGAUAGAACAGCAUCGACUCAACACAGAAAGCGUUUUGGCCAAAGAUAUACUCUCUAAUUUCGAGGAUCUUCUUCCAAAAUUUGUAAAAGUAUUUCCAAGAGAUUACAAGCGGGUUUUGGAUAAUAUGAAGGCGGAAAAGGUUGCCAAAGAAGCAGAGCAAAAAAUGAGAAAAAAAGGGUGGGAUAAGAAGGCAGGUGAAAUGAUUAAAGCUCCAAAUGGUAUUUCAGUAAUUACAAAGAAAGUACAGAACAAAAAGUCAUCUAGCCGACCAACACAAGUUUUCAAUGCUGAAAGGCCUCGAGGUUUUGUAGAAUAUGAGCAACAGGGGAUUUCUUACAGAGAUGAAAAUGAGCGUGUUAAGGAUUGGGGUGAAGUUACAAAUGAAUUGGUUCCUGGGCCACUGCUAAACACACAAUCUGCUCGGUGCAUGAGUUGUAGCACUCCUUUCUGUCAUCAGGAAAAUUUUGGUGCUGGCUGUCCUCUUGGAAAUAAGAUCCCUGAAUUCAAUGAAUUAGUUUAUCAGAACAGAUGGCGUGAAGCGUUAGAUCGCCUACUUGAGACCAACAAUUUUCCUGAGUUCACUGGACGAGUUUGCCCAGCUCCUUGUGAGGGUUCAUGCGUGCUUGGCAUUAUAGAGAAUCCAGUAUCUAUAAAAAGCAUAGAGUGUGCCAUCAUAGACAAAGGCUUCAAAGAGGGGUGGAUGGUUCCACGCCCUCCCCUUCAGAGUCAGAGAACAGGGAUGACAGUUGCUAUUGUUGGAAGUGGACCGGCUGGUUUAGCUGCUGCAGAUCAACUGAACAAGAUGGGACAUUAUGUAGUUGUGUUUGAACGUGCUGAUCGUAUUGGAGGGCUGAUGAUGUAUGGGGUUCCAAACAUGAAGGCAGACAAAGCUAGAAUCGUUAAGCGCCGUGUUGAUUUGAUGGACAAGGAGGGGGUUAAAUUCAUUGUGAAUGCCCAUGUUGGAACUGAUCCUCGGUACUCUAUUGAGCGGCUCCGAUCCGAGAAUGAUGCCGUUAUUCUGGCUUGUGGUGCUACUAGGCCGAGAGAUCUCCCUAUUCCUGGACGUGAACUGUCAGACAUCCAUUUUGCUAUGGAUUUUCUUCAUUCCAAUACCAAAAGUUUACUUGACACCAACUUAGAGGAUGGUAACUAUAUAUCUGCUAGAGGGAAAAAGGUAGUUGUAAUUGGUGGUGGUGACACAGGUACAGACUGUAUUGGGACAGCCAUCAGACAUGGUUGCAGCAACCUUGUAAAUCUUGAACUUCUACCAGAACCGCCUAGAGAGAGGGCCCCUGACAAUCCGUGGCCUCAGUGGCCGAGGAUAUUCCGAAGAGACUAUGGACACCAAGAAGCAGCCAGCAAGUUUGGAAAAGACCCAAGAACUUACCAAAUCCUCACGAAACGUUUUAUCGGAGAUGAAAAUGGAAAAGUGAAGGCCCUUGAGGUAGUACGUGUUGAAUGGAGCAAAGUGGAUGGAAGAUUUCAAUUCAAAGAGAUAGAAGGUUCACAAGAAAUUAUUGAGGCAGAUCUUGUCCUCUUAGCUAUGGGAUUCCUAGGUCCCGAGGCGGCUAUUGCCAAGAAGCUGGGUUUAGAGCAAGACAACCGAUCAAACUUCAAAGCUCAGUUUGAAAACUUCGCGACUAACGUGGAAGGUGUGUUUGCUGCCGGGGACUGCAGGCGUGGGCAAUCACUUGUUGUUUGGGCAAUUGCAGAGGGGAGGGAAGCAGCAGCAGCUGUUGACAAGUACCUGUCGAGAGAGAAAACGAAUGUUGAUGAGAACGUUGUUGCCCCAGGUCCAUGUGAAUGUCUGGUUCAACCCGUUGCGGCAUAAGCAAAUAAAGCAUUUCUGUAACAUUAACUCUUUUGGAGGUAGAUAUAUAUGUGUUUCCCUUUUCACGCUGAAGAAAAAAA